UAAAGUACCGCCUGCCCUCCAGUCGCUUGCAUUUGGCCAUCGCCUCUUCCAACUCUUCCCCAACUCUUCCCGAAUCCGCGCUGCCAAUAUUUCACCCUUCAGUCUUCGCUCGUAGAUCCCAAACACAGAACUCUUCGCCAUGGAUGUUCUUGGGGCAAUUAGCUCAGUCAUUACCAUCAUCGACACUGCUUCCAAUUCCUUCGAAGCUCUGAGGAAGAUACAAGAUCGUCCGGCGGCCUUCGAUACCGUUGGUCAUCAGCUCAGUGUCGUUAGCAACUUACUCCACGACAUCCUUGACAAAGCGGAAAGCAACAACUCCGCCAUCGAGACCGAUACAAACGACGAAUAUCUCAAGGGUGUGAGGGAAUGCCAAGCCAAAGCUAUAGCUUUGAAAGAAGUCUUCCACCAUCUUGAGGAGGAAUACAACAAAGCCGAAGAUUCCGAGCGGGUAUGGACGGACCAUUUCAAGAACAUCUACAAAGCCUUCAUGAGAGGCCAGAAGACCAAUCGGGUGGAGAAUUUGAUGGCGGAUCUGUGGAAAUGCAUAGAACGUAUGGCGGUGAUAAAAAUCAUCGGCAUGGGCAAGCCAGUGCAGCGCAAUGUCGACAGUGCUAUGAAAGCACUAGAGAAGAACCAGCCGUCUCUGGAUGAUUCUGAGUUCGAUGUGGGGGGGUUUCAAGCAAAUCAGCAAAUCAGUCCAGGGGCAACGGGCACGCAGAAUAAUAUCAAAGGAAACGACAACAUUGUCAAUUCUGGUAAUCCUUCGGGAGAGUUUGCGGGAAGUCGAAUUGGCACUGUUCACUACGGAGGAAAAUACGACUACUUGGAUAAGAUUGUCGAAAUUCGCAGGCGAGACUUUCUCUACAAACUUGCGGGAACGGAUUACGAUGCACAGCUGAGAAACACCAAGGCUCGUUUAUCCAACACUUGCGAAUGGUUCCGCCAGAACUCCGGAUAUCAGGAGUGGCUAGGCAGUGCUGAAGGCCUUCUCCUGCUCUGCGCCGAUGCAGGCUGUGGGAAGUCAGUCAUAGCAAAGUACCUCGUCGAGGGAUUACUUCCCAAAGCAGAUUCAACAUCCAUUAUCUGCUACUUUUUCUUCCAAGAGAGCGAUCCUCAGACUAGGAGCUAUCUGAGUGCCGGCAAAGCCCUUCUGCACAGGUUUCUUCAAGCGAAUCCUGCAUGCAUCGACGAAUGCAUGAAAGCCUUGCCCAGCAAUCCAGAUGAUAUCCCGGAGUCCAGAUACCGGGAUGUUUGGACCGUGUUCAAGACACUUGCCAGGAACUACAGCUCUGGGCAGAUCAUUUGUGUACUCGACGCACUCGAUGAAAGCGACCCGGUCCAUCGAAAGGGCUUCAUGGGCUGCUUAAAAGACUUCAUUUUCAAAAACGACGCCCCAUCCGACACAAGAUUCGUCAUCACCACCCGAAAAGAUCCACAAAUUGAGAGUUUUUUCAAAAACUUCUCCUCAAAUAUGUACCAUGUGGACGGCGAUAACGACAAAUCAAGAAACCUCAUCCAAGGAGAAAUUGCUAUGGUCAUGAAGGACCGCCUGGCCAAACUAAAUACCACAAUGAAUGGCGUCAGCAACGCCACGUUGAAUACCAUACGCAAGGGCUUGAUAGAGAAAGGAUCAAGGCAGAGGACAUAUUUGUGGAUGCAUCUUAUGUUUGAAUACAUCGGACAAACCAGAUUCUGCAGUUCGCAAGAAUGGAAAGACCUCUUUCAAAACCCCCCCGAUACCGUCAAUCUAGCAUACGAGAAGCUAUUACAAAGAGUUACGCCGUCUGGAAAGGAAAAGGUCCGCACUCUUCUGGCUCUUAUACUGGCUGCCGAGCGACCCCUGACGAUUGGGGAGUUAAGCACUGCGGUCAACUGCCGAAUCAACAGACUUGAAAAACGAAAGGUUAAACUCGAGGAAAUCACGGAGGCUAAAGAGUUUGAAACCUGGAUGGCUUGGCAAUGUGGCUCUUUUGUGACCAUACACAGAGGAAGAGCAUUCUUGGUUCAUCAGACAGCCAAGGAAUUCCUCUUGGAUGCUCCAAAGACCAGUCAAGAAUGCUGGCAAGGCUCAAUGACGGAGCACGUCAUACAUCAGUACAUGGCCGAGUCUUGCAUUUCGUUUCUCUCUAUCCCCGUAUUUCGGAUGCAAGAUUACAACGAGAAGUUGCGAACACAGAUCUUGGACGCGAAGCAGAAGCGACUUAGGUGUCUCCAAGAUUCUUUGGCCCGACCCACUCGUACCUCGACAGACGAAGUUGAGGACAGUUCCACCGGGGAGGAAUCCCCAGGUGAAGAUCUUCCUGAAGAUCUCCCCUCUGUGUACUCUUCCGAUGCAUAUCUUUCCUCUUUGUAUUAUUCUUCUGAAGAUCGCGACUCUGAAGAUCGUGACUCUGAAGAUCUCGAUUAUGGAAAUCUCGACUCUGAAGACCUCGACUCUGAAGAUAUCGACUCCAAACAUCUCUCCGUGGAUUCAAUCGACAACAAACCUUCACUCUAUAAUCUCAUUAAGAGUGAUCGUCUCCAAAACCUCCCUUUGGAACCUUUCAUGCUCUAUUCAGCGGUACAUUGGAUGCGUCACUUUCAAAGGUGUCAGCGAAGGAUCGACUCUGAUCCGCAGAAGAUAGUAGACAUUGGCGACAAGUUCUCAAAAUGUUAUCUGAAUUUGUUCACAGAUAAUCAUGCAAGGAGCUACAAAGUCUGCGAUGAAUGGAAACAACGGGUAUGGUAUCUCGUAUUAAUGGCUUCCAGGCAUGCUGAGGUAUUCAACCAUUUAAGGAAGAGGAGAUUUUCAUGGGAGGGAGAGCAUGGGUUUGGCGUCUUGUCACCAAACUCUUUCACUAUCUCAAGCUUCGCAUGUCUGUUUGACCAUAGACGUCUCCUACAGUUCGCACACCUCGUGCUGAAGGAAGAUGCCAGGUCUAUGGUUAGUGAGCGUUUGAAAUGCCAUGCUUGCAAACUCAACAUCAAGCGCAGUCUCUCGCCUCCUCAGCUUGCGGUCUACGGCAGCUCAACUUGGUGUCUUGAUUAUCUUCGAACUCAGGGACUCGACAUGAAUUCUCAAGACGAGCAUGGGCAAACUUUGCUCCACAAAGCAAUGUUGAUGAAAGAUGAUCGGAUUGUCACGUAUCUCUGGGAGUUAGACGCUUCACGAGACACUCGAGACCGUAAUGACAUGACACCACUCACACUCGGUGCCAUGGUGGACAGCCCUUGGAUGAGAAAAUAUCUAAAACGUGCCAGUGAGGCCGAUAUGUGUUCUCUGCUGUACGCCGCAGCCGCAACGAAGAUACCGGACUCGACCAUGCAGAACGUAAGGAUGCCAUCGGGUGCCUCUCAAAGCUCUUCAUUUAAGUCUUGGGGGAUAUUUCACAAAAUUGGCCUACUUAAGAAAUAUCACGGCUCUGCCGGGAGGGUUUCCAUAAUACCCAAGUUACUCAAAGCCGGAGCAAAACUUGAUUAUCGACACGAGGAUGGCCUCACAGCACUCCAUGUCAGUGUUCAAGAUGAGAGAAGAAUUCACAACGCGGUCUGUAUCUGCGCGAAGAUGCCUUCAAGCGUUUUUGUUGUUGACAAUGAGGGCAACACGCCGCUUCAUACGGCCACAUUGGCAAAUAACGUCUACGCGAUGCUUCUUUUGUUUGGACACAAUGCUGAUGUGAACAGUAAGGGGCAAAGCGGGGAGACUUCAUUACAUAUAGCAUGUAAAAUGGGACAUCAAGAGGCAGCUGCAGCUCUGGUUUUUGUCGGAGCAGAUGUUACCAUCAAAAACGACGACGGUCUGACGGCCACGGACCUCGACCGGCCACCGCCGCUGGAUAUUGGACUUCCGAGGAUGAUACGCAUUCGUAACAAGCUGAUAAGAACUGUUAGCAGUCUCAAGUAUCUUCGAGGAUUCAGGUACGCCAGCAGGGCGCUAUAUGGUGGAAGAUAUGGACUGGAUGCUAGAAUGAGCCCAAGGGAUGGAAGACGAAGUCCACAAGGCAAAAGAGCUUUACAGAUAGAACCGACCAUUAGAGCUGGAAGGCUCAGGAGAGUUGGAAGAUUGAGGGGAGUUCUUCGCUAAGAGUCAUGAGUACAGUAUUCCUACUGGAUAUAUUUUCGCCGUUACCAGAAGUAGUACCAUCCUCGUCGCCUUGCAUGCUUGGCCGAUUCAGCAUCACAUCAACCUCAAGAUGUC